UUGAUGCUGCCUCACUCCAGUGCAAGUCAAUAAAACUUUGUGCACUGACACACACAACUUCCAGCACCCGCCAGCGGGGCCAAAAUGGGAAUUAGCAAAGCUGCCUUUCUCUUCCUGUUCUUGCUCAGCUCAGUGAAAGGAGAUAUACUGGAUGACUACCUAAGAACAGAUGGUGUUUGGAUACUAACUCGAAAUAAACAGUCUUACAACACAAAUAACGAAGAAGAAUGUGCAGAGAAAUGUGAAGCAGAAAGAAAUUUUAAUUGCAGGGCUUUCCUAUUCACCAGGAAAAAGCUACAGUGUUUAACACUGGCUGAAAAUGCUAAAACGUCGGUGAUGUUCGCCAGCACGGACACAGUUCUUUAUGAAAAGAGAAUUUACCUUCUAGAAUGUAAAAGAGGGAUUGGGAAGGACUACAGAGGAAGAGAAGCCAAGACUUGGAGGGGUAUUCCAUGCCAGAUGUGGGCAGAAAAAAUACCCCACAAACCAAACUAUACACCUCAAAAACACCCUAAUGCAGGGCUGGAGGAAAACUAUUGCAGAAAUCCUGAUGGGGAUGAACAUGGACCCUGGUGUUACACAACAGAUCCUGCUACCAGAUAUGAUUACUGUAACAUCCCAGACUGUGAGGACCAGAUCACACACACUGGAGAAGGAACUACAGUGGAAUGCAUGCAGUGUAAUGGUGAGGACUACCAUGGAGAAGUGUCAAGAACCGAGUCUGGGCUUCCGUGCCAACACUGGGAUGCCCAAGAGCCUCAUAUGCAUGGAUUUACCCUGAAACACUAUCCAGAAAAGGAUCUGAAGAUGAAUUAUUGCCGUAAUCCUGAUGGUGAACUUCGGCCCUGGUGUUUCACUACCAGCCCGACUAAACGCUGGGAAUAUUGCAAAAUUCCUCGUUGCACCACACGCCCACCAGUUUCUGACCCAGGCUCCCAGUGCCUUUCCGGGAAAGGAGAAGACUAUCGAGGGAGGAUAGCCAUCACUGAAUCAGGAAAUACUUGUCAACACUGGAACACACAGUUUCCUCACAAACAUGGGUGGAUUUCUGACAGAUAUCCCUGCAAGGGCUUAGAGGAAAACUACUGUAGAAACCCUGAUGGAGAGAAGAGGCCAUGGUGCUACACCAUCAACCGCAGCGUUAGAUGGGAAUAUUGCACAAUUCCUCCCUGUGAUGGGAGAGAACAAGAGAUUGCUGAUGUGCCCAUACAGGUUCCCCUGACAGAGGAGUGCUACCGAGGCAAAGGCCAGAGUUAUCGUGGCACAACUUCUAUCACUGCAUCGGGAAAAAAAUGCCAGGCCUGGAACUCCAUGUUCCCACACUGGCAUGAAAAAACCCCGGACAAAUUCCCAGAUGCGGAUUUGAGGGACAACUAUUGUAGAAAUCCAGAUGGUGACAACAGCCCAUGGUGUUUCACCACUGACCCCAACACUUUAUGGGAGUACUGCAAUCUCAAGAGGUGUGAUGAUCAUACACAGGAGCAGACACCAAAUGAUUCCCCCGCAGUGAUGGCACAAGAUAUUAGCCCGACGACACCCACCACAUUUGGUAACAGCUGGCUAUAAGUUUCACCUCCUGUAGAGUCUGUGGGUAAAGGAAGUAAUAAUCUAUCAAAAUAAUUCUUCAGUGUCGUGGUUUAACCACAGCUAGAAACUGAGUACCAUGCAGCUGCUCACUCAUUCCCCUAUCCCUUCCUUGGUGGGGAGAAAAAUAAAAAAAAAAGGAAAACUCAAGGGUUGAGAUAAGAACAGUUUAAUAAUUAAAACAGAAUAACAAUAAAAAUAACAAUAAAUAUUGGAGAGGAAUAAACCCCAAGAAACCCAAGUGAUGCACCAUACAAUUGCUGACCAAUGCCCAUCCCAGCCCUGAGCAGUAAUUAGUGGCUUCCACUAGUUUAUGUACUAAAUGUUGUUUUAUGGUAUGGAAGAUCCUGUGAUCAGUCUGGGUCAGCUGUCCUGUCCAUGCUCCCUCCCAACUUCUUGUACAGCUUCUCACUGGCAGAAAAUGGGAAACUGAAAAGUCUUUGACUUCGGGUAAGCACUACUUAGCAAGAAC